AUGACAGUGAUUAAUGAUAAGACUCGGUUUACCUAUAAACCUGAGGAGCCUGGAAUUCUUAAGUAUAAACCAGGGGAAAUGCCUGUUCAUUUGACUAGCUUAAGAAAUGACAAUUUGAUGGGGGAGAACAGUGUUGUUAGAAAUCAGUUAAUGGCAGUAGAGGUGGAUAAAAGAGGUACUGGGGGGUCUUCUAACAUGUCAGGGGUAAUGUGGCAUAGACCAAAAAUUGAGCUGCCAAUGUUUGAAGGAAUUAAUCAAAGAGGAUGGUUUCAAAAAUGUCUUAAAUAUUUUUCUCUUUGUAAUAUCGCUGAAGAGCAAAGAGUUGAGGUGGCUACCAUGUAUUUAGCAGGAAAGGCUAAAAUAUGGUUUGAUGGUUACAUUAUGCAAAAACAUCAUGUUACUUGGCAUGAGUUUGAGGUAGACCUAUGUCAUAGGUUCAAUGACAAAUUUUUUGCUGACAUAGUGGGGGAGUUCACAAAACUAGUGCAAAAAAGGAUUGUGGAAGAGUAUCAGGACAAAUUUGAGGAAUUACAGCCACAUAUGUUAUUACAAAACCCUAUAUUAGGGGAAGAAUUUUUUGUUUCUCUGUUUGUUAGUGGGUUAAGGGAAGAUAUUAAAAACAGAGUUAAGGCUUUGGAACCUAAGUCACUCUCUGAGGCAUGUAGGUAA